AUGCUGUACAUCUUAACAGUGUCGAACGAACAUAAAUGCAUACGUCACCUCCUAAGGUCUCCGGCGGGUCAUCUUCCGCGGACCUUGUCUGUAUCAACGCAGAUAUCGAACAUCGGAUUUUUCGACAUCAACGACAAGCAUGUGGAAAAAGCGGUUUCACAAGACACGUUGUUCAUCCACGGCAGUACGCUCAGUGGUGGGAGUGUCGUGUCUUCUCCCGUGAAGCAUGCGCCUAGACCACGUCACAGCAGCAGCAACUGCACUGAUGCUUGUGGUUCAAGACCCUCCUCUGGGAGUUCGGCAGGUAUCUCUACAAUCUGCGACGAAAGCUGCUCUGUGGAAUGGUCAUCGACAGGACCACGCUUCGGGGGUCACAAUUGUGGCGCAGGCAAUGCUUCACAGUAUGGCAGCAACUGUCGGCUUUGCUACACCAACAGUGAGGAGGCCUCGGCCGAAGAAAGCAUACUUGCGUUGUCCUCCGUAGAUACCUCGGCGUCGGAUGCCCAUGUCGUCAUGUGCGGCACGAGGAACCCACCCUCCGGUCCAAGCUGCUCUGCUGGGUGCGAGGGCACCAUCGACACGGUGUGUGACUAUCGUUGUGGAAGUGGGCUCUACGGGGAUCUGCACUGCAACUGGAGAGGUCUUGGAAAGACGUGUCGUCUGUGCUUCCACGAUGUUUCAGCGGCUCAUCUUGCUGAUGAAGCCGUAAAAGCUCAGGGUGGACGGGUAAUCCUUUGCAACACCCUCGAGCCCCCACUUUCUAUCGGUUCUGAAGCGGAGGCAAGGAGAAACAAAUCUGGGGGUAGCAGACUUGCUCCCUCCAUCCCGGAGAAUCACGAUCCCAUCGUUUCGCAGACAGACGGUAUUAUUGACGAUCCUGUCCCCACGAUUCUCUCCAGCAGCAUGCGUGGUCAAAUGUGCGCGUUCAUGCGUGGCUACUCCGAAUUCUUGCCUGAGACGACAAGUUCAGUGCGCAGCGUUCUGGAGUUCAUGCCGGCCAUGCGCGUGGCGGUUGUUACCCAUCCAAGCGACUUCCAUGUGUUCAACAGGUCAGAGUCCGCCGCCCCUUUCCAUCAGGUGUAACCCUAGCCCCAAGCCAAAUCGGAGCGCCGAACAAGCUUCGUAAUGAAUCAAUCGGUUGUCAGUUCAUUCCCCUCUUUGGUCCGGGCUUUCAUGCACAUUAUACCCCCGGGGAUCAAGAGACCAUUUUCAAUGGAAACCAGCGUCGAUGAUUCUGAAACCCUUUUCGAGCCGAAGGAGUUCAAUGCAUUCACCGCAACGCUACUGCUGCAGAAUCUCCAACUGCGUUGAUUAAAAAAAGCUGUUGAGCUCGAUUGGAGGAAUGUUGGCCUUCCCAAUGUUUGCUUGUCCCAGCGUAUGGUGUCAAAACGGUCUAUCACACGAUUACUCCCUACAUAAAUCAGUGCCGUCACGACCUGAAUAUCUUUGGUCAUGUAGUGUAACCGCGAAUGUUUUGUGUCCCUUGGCCAAUGCUCACGUGUUGCACCGUUGUCUCUUCGUCAC